UAAACCAUUAUAGGUGCGCACCAAGAUUAUGAGUAUGGGUGUGUUCUUCAGUUCAAUUAAAAUACAAGUACAAUAAGUACUUAGGUUUUGUUUCGCUAAAAAAAAUAAGAAUUUACAGUUUAAAUCAUUAAAAUUUUGAGACCUAAAAGGAACAAUUCCUGUUCGGAAGAAUUUGAAUCAUUAUACUUUAUUAAACCCAAUCCCCCUUUUCUUGGGAGAAGGUUCACUAAUAUAUUCUCAUUGAGCUUGGAGAACAAGAAAGCACAACGACGCCGUCUGUCCACGGAGCCUUUUUCCUCAACAAUCAGCAGUCAGCACCCAAAAAGAAGGUUUAAAAGCCCAGUCUGCAUAAUUUGGGCGGUUUCGUGUUGUGAGGGAAAGGAUUGGAGGAAAAUUGUUUGUCUCUGUGCUUUUAUUUAGCGAUUUCUGAGCUACCCAUCAACUGUAUAGACUCGGGUCAUAUGUAAUCAACGCAGAUAAAUCAUAAAACCAUGUCGGUGUCAAGAUUUCUUUCCUUUACCUCCAGGAACCGCUCCUCACAAACUCUGAAUCUACUUAAUUGUUUUGGGCCAUCUAGGAGGUUUCAUUGUUCCCGUGUCAUGAGAUCAGCAAAAAGGACUACUCUUCCUCCUCAGUUGCCUGAGAAAACACCAAGUUCGCAUUCAUGGCGUAGAUAUAUAAUUCCAACUGCUUUGCUUGGAGGUAUAGGAGGAGUGGUAUUUCUUUUUCACUCUAAUGAUGAGAGGAGGGCAAUUUUGAAAGGCCAGGGUGCGGACUGUGACAGAUGUACUAUCAAGGGUCCAAUAAUUGGUGGGCCUUUCUCUUUGAUGGAUACAGAAGGUCGGUUGGUUACCCAAAACAAUCUUCGCGGAAAUUGGGUUCUUCUCUAUUUUGGUUACACAUCUUCUCCUGAUGUUGGGCCGGCGGAAGUCCACAAAAUGGCCAAGGCUACCGAUAUAUUAGAAUUGAAACAGAACACAAAGGUCUUACCGGUGUUUGUCACGGUUGAUCCACAGCGUGAUACUCCUUCGCAACUACGUGCUUAUCUUAAAGAGUUUGACUCAAGAAUUGUGGGAUUAACUGGACCAGUCACUGCUGUCAGACAAAUGGCACAUGAAUACCGUGUAUUCUUUAAGAAGGUUGAAGAAGACGGAGAUGAUUACCUUGUUGAAUCUUCCCACAACAUGUAUCUUGUGAACCCAAACAUGGAAGUAGUGAGAUGCUUCGGGGUAGAGUACAAUGCAGAGGAACUCUCUGAAGCAAUACUCAAGGAGGUGAACAGAACUGGAACACAACAGACUUGAUCGCAAUAGAAUGAAGUUCUUAUUCAACGACUUGGUAGGUAUACUAGAUACUUGAGUAGUUGGUCUAACAUUUUUUGCCCUGCGGAAAAUCAGAGAAAUGUUAAUACUGGUUCUUAUGAGUGGAAAUUACAUUCAUGCUAUGCGUGAUUACAAAGUGGUUCAGUGCGUGUGUUAUGAUAUCAUAAGGUAUAAGAAGUUCAUCAAUUUUACAA